AUGAUUGUUCUAGAAUGGCUAUUUCUCACAAUUGCUCCUUGUGAUGCAGCGGAACCAUGGCAAUUAGGAUCUCAAGACGCAGCAACACCUAUGAUGCAAGGAAUAAUAGACUUACAUCACGAUAUCUUUUUCUUCCUCAUUCUUAUUUUGGUUUUCGUCUCACGGAUCUUGGUUCGCGCUUUAUGGCAUUUCCAAAAAGAAAAAAAUCCAAUCCCGCAAAGGAUUGUUCAUGGAACUACUAUCGAGAUUCUUCGGACCAUAUUUCCUAGUAUCAUCCCGAUGUUCAUUGCUAUACCAUCAUUUGCUCUCUUAUACUCAAUGGACGAGUUAGUAGUAAAUCCAGCCAUUACUAUCAAAGCUAUUGGACAUCAAUGGUAUCGGAGUUAUGAGUAUUCGGACUAUAACAGUUCCGAUGAACAGUCACUCACUUUUGACAGUUAUACGAUUCCAGAAGAUGAUCUAGAAUUGGGUCAAUUACGUUUAUUAGAAGUGGACAAUCGAGUGGUUGUACCAGCCAAAAGUCAUCUACGUAUUAUUGUAACAUCUGCUGAUGUACUUCAUAGUUGGGCUGUACCUUCCCCAGGUGUAAAAUGUGAUGCUGUACCUGGUCGUUUAAAUCAAACCUCUAUUUCGGUACAACGAGAAGGAGUUUACUAUGGUCAGUGCAGUGAGAUUUGUGGAACUAAUCAUGCCUUUAUGCGUGCGCCCGGAAAGAUAGGCCGACUGCUGAGCCCACUCUGGCUCAGCCGCACCACCCAGGGUGCGAGCCACCCGAGAAGCAAGCUAUUACAGCGAGCGGCUGGAGCAGUAUGGAGCCGAGGAGCAAGGCAGUAG